UUUAUACAGCCCUAUAACAUCCCGAGAACCCAAAACCGAUCCCCGAUCACUCAAGGUUCGCUGCGGGUGCAUUUGUCAGUUCGCCGCCACCGCCACUGCAGAAGGAUCGACGACGUACUCCUCCUCCCAUUGAGCAUUGGCGAAGAAGACGGGACCAUUCGGGCUGUCCUUCGCGCGGUCCUCGGCGGCGCCCCUGCGUGACUCAGGACAAGCCCCAGCUGAAACAAUGCAAACGGCAGUACCUCUGAUUCAAUCCACUGUAUUCGAGUCUAAUAUCUAUGUGCUUUCGGAAAUCUAGAAAACUCCUGCAGACGUUCAAGCUAUGGAGCGCCGGGUCAUUUUGUGGCCUACUGUUCCCGGUCCUUGGCUGCGCCAUCCCACUGACUGGCAGCGAAGAUGGUCGUAACCGAGGGCGGGUCAGCCCGAGCAAUGGGACUUCUAGCGAAAGCGAAAAUGAUGGAGGCCUGGGGGUGGCGAGCAGCAAGGGCGCCGGUUGGAGCAAGACCGAGAACAUGGCUGCUACUGAUGUCGGCGACGAGCGAGCAGAAGAAAGCCAAGACGACGUACCCGUCCUCCCUGGCGAAGACCUGACCGUGGGUGCAGCUUGCGCACCGACGGGUCCUUGACGCUGGUCGACGGGAGCAGCGGCAACGAAACACGCAGAAACGCUCAGCAAGAGCAGUUGGAACUUGACGGUGAAGAACAUGUUGAGUGAGUGAGGCAGUUGGUGGAACUGGGGAGACUGGGGCGGAUUGCUGGGGAUUGUCAGUAAUCUUGCUGGACUUUUAUACCUUUUCA